AUGCCGCCGGCCAACUCACCUUCGCAGAAUACCCCUCAUUCUCCUCCAUCCGCUUCCUCACUUCAGCAACUCAGCGCUGUCUCCACUCCCCUUCCAUCUCUCCCAGCUUCCGUAUCCGACGAUGUUCAUGACGAUAACGUGAGCUUUCUGCGAUCUCGAGUACGCUCUCCACCCGACUCCUCUUCCCUGAGUCGUCAACGCCGUCGUCGACAACAGACCUUGCCAGAGCUCGAUCCCAUGGAUGUGGAUGAUCCUACGGCUUUGCGCAUGUCAGUUGAAAUCAACCGUCGCAUCCCCAUCGUGCGCCGUGAACACGAUUCCUCCAGCAGCAAUAAUAACAACAGUAUGCCUAACUAUGAAGGCCGCAUUUCGAACUCUCGUUCACUUUAUGGAUGGGCGCCUGCUUCCGAUGAUGACGACGAGGAGGAUGACCACGAUAUGACCUAUGGACCACUUCAGGAUAGCAACACUAUUUCCUCCUGGUUUGGACGGUUGUCUGAUCGCAACGCGCCGAGGCGCCCUAUGCGCCACGACCCCGUCGCUCAAGAUCCACACACCUUCUUAGAAGCACCCCCGGAAAGCAACACCCAACGUUUGAGUGACUAUUCUCCGUUAUCGACAACAGAGGCACUGUUACAAUCUGUGCGACGUCAACCGCGGUUUUCCCGGACACGGACAUUGCAUAAUUAUCUUUUGGAUCGUGAAAGAGCCAGUCAGGACUUGGAAGAGAGCAGAGAACGAUCGGGCCCGGCAGCUACAUCGCGGGCAUACAGAUUCCUGCCUAGUAGCCGUGGUGAACCACACCGACUUCUUACACACAAUGAGCUCCGCGCCCGGAUAAACGCCCAUCGACAACUGCAUUUGGAUAACCCCCCUAGUCCCCGGUUAAAAGAGACCAUCAAAUAUCUCGACCGUCUACGAUAUUCAAGUUCCUUCGAAGAAAGUCUGACUUCAGCGGCUGCCGGGGGGUUCGUUCGGUUGGAUUUCUUGCCCUGGGAUGAGGAUGAUUUUAUUCUAGAUACAGCUUCCAUCGCGCCACCGCCAAUAUGUUCCUGGCUUCAGCCUGGGAUGGUUUUCUCGGGUUCUCAAAGGGCCGCCAGCAGUGCCAAUUCUUUCUCUGCGCAGCGAGUGUCAAGUCCACCAUCAUCACACGACCCUCUGAUUGUCAAUGGAAGUGAACAGAGCGGCGGCCGGAUCCCCGUACAGACAACCAGUGGUCGACGGUACAUGGCCAAUAACAUUUACAACCUGGGUACUGGUAGAGACGAGAAUUGGCCCGUCAAAGUCACCAUUCAUGACAUCAAUCCGGAGGAGAUGACCCUCUCAGGAACCAUGGAGGCAUACAACAUUCCCGACAAAACAUCACCGUCCCACGAUGCUCAUAUAGUUACAUUCCUAGAAGGAGAGAUCAUCGACUUUAACACCCAUACACUCGAAACUAAGAAUUUCAAAGCCGAUGCCGAGAUCGACUGUACAUACUGGCGUGAACUACAACCGUUCAAAAACUUGUCGGAUGAAGCGAUGACGCGGAGCCUUGUAAGUCGGAAAUGGAUAACAGAGGAAUUGUCCAAGGGUUGGAUUUUGAUGCGAUGGAAAGAACGCUGUUUCAUUACACCCACCGACUCACGACAGGGACUCACAAUCUCUGGGUUCUAUUACAUCUCUUUGCAUCGCGAAAGCGGCCAUAUUGAGGGACUAUAUUAUGAUCCGGGAAGUUCACCCUACCAACAAUUAUCACUAAAACCGGAGAGUAACAGGAUGAUCCGGCCAUCCUACAGUUUCCGGUAA